AAACUCUCACAUCCUGAGUGCGACAGAGAGGCAGAACACAGGCAGCAGCAAACAUCCGGUGGGUAUACAAAGAGCUUCGAGUUUCUCAAGAGAGGCAACGGCAGCGGUGACACAGCUCUGCAGCCUGAAGAGUGACAUUAUGGAGAGGACAACUUCUCAAGACGCUGAGUUUGGAUCCCCUUGCCUGAAAAUGGCUUCUGAUUCACAACGGAGCAUGGAGUCAAUACCAGACUUUUCUUCAUCACAGAUAACAACAGAGAUUCAAGAACAGCCACCCCAAUAUGAAAAGCUCUAUGCCCAAGGCCACACUGGGAGAAAAAACAUCUCAUCCAAAUACAAGGACAUUAUAUGCAGAAGUAUUAAAAUUAAUCCAAGAUCUCCUGCUGUUUACCAGUUUAGACCAAAGAAACAAGAGUUUGGAACUCUAACAAGAAUGACUGUUGGUGAAAAAAACCUGAACAAGACAAAUAAGACCAUCUUACUUGUGGGUGAAACAGGAGCAGGAAAAUCUACUCUGAUCAACGCUCUGUUCAACUACGCCAUGGGAGUGAAGUGGGAGGAUGAAGUCUGGUUUCAGAUUGUAGAGGAGGAGGAGAAUAAUCAGACAGACAGUCAGACAUCAGAUGUGAUCGUGUACGAGAUCUUUGGUUUUGAAGAUGAAAUUCUGCCCUACUCUCUGACCGUCAUCGAUACUCCUGGAUAUGGAGACACCAGAGGGACUGAGCAUGAUGACAUUAUCUACCAAAAAUUAUUGGGGCUGUUUCAAUCAGAGGAUGGAGUUCAUGAAGUUAAUGUAGUGGGUCUGGUGAUGAAGGCGACAGAUAAUAGACUGAGUGACCGACUGAUGUACGUCUUUGAUGCAAUUAUGUCUCUGUUUGGAAAAGACGUAGAGAAAAAUAUCAUAACUCUCAUCACAAAUUCAAAGGGAAUUGCACCUAAAACUGCUUUUAAAGUUCUUAAAGCUGCAAAAUUUAAAUGUGCCAGAAAUGAGAAGGAUCAGCCCAUUCACUUCCUGUUUGAUAACCAACAGAAGGAAGAUAGAACAGAGGAAGAUGUGUCUGUCUUUGAGCUCUCUUGGGGAGUAACAGAUAAAGGAAUGAGAGAGUUCUCAGACUUUCUAGAACGAACUGCACCUCAAAAUGUAAAGAAAACAGAAAAAGUAUUGACAGAACGAAUCAGAUUGACAGCCUCCAUCGAAAACCUGAAAGACAGAAUUGACCUGGCAGAACGGAAGCAGACAGAAAUCAGACAGAGUCAAGAAGCUCUGAAUAAAUAUAAAGAAAAGAUGACGAAGAAUGAAAACUUCACUGUAGAAGUUGACGAGGUCUACAAAGUUAAAGAAGAUAUUGAUGCUGGGAUGAGGGUUUUUUUUUACAAAGCAGCUACCUGCUGUACUGUCUGUGAGGAGAACUGUCACUAUCCUGGAUGCACAAUGGCCUGGUAUGCUAAACACUGUGAGGUCAUGAAAGAUGGCUGCUGCACUGUUUGUACCAAUAAGUGUCCUGCAUCAGCUCAUGUGAAAGAAGAACAAAAAUAUGUGACCAAGACAAGGAAAGUUCAGAGGACUUUGGAAGAAAUGAAGAAAAAGUAUGAGAAGAAUAAAUCGGAAAGUGACCAGAAGUCAACUCUUUUGGAAGAUCUUAAUAAAGAAAUGAACCAACUGACAGCAGAGAAGUCACAGUUACUGGAUGAGUCCUACCAACAUGUUGUCAGACUGGAGCAGAUCGCUCUGAAAGCUGAUUCAGCGUUCACAUUUGUCCACCUGGACUUCCUGAUUGAGAAGAUGGAUGAGAAAGGAGACAAAGAGAAGGUCCAGAAACUGAAAGAGAUGCAAAGCAGAGAGAAUGAAGGAACCAGAGGAGCUCUGCAGUACAAGUUUGGAAAACAGUUUAAGAAAUAACCCCCCCCCCCCUCCCCCCUCGAAUGAAGGAUGAUACCUUACUGUUUUGUUAUAACUGAAAGGUGGGAUUAAAUGUAAAUAUGGUUAAUAUAGAUAUCAAAUAUGUUCAUCUGCUCUUUGUUAUUGUGAUAGUUUAUAAUUAUUAUUAUUAUUAUUAUUUGUCAAAAUAAACUGUGAGAGUGUUUUUCCUGUUUCAGAGCAACUUUUCACUCCAUGGAGGAGUUUAUUUUUUUGUUGUUAUUGUGUUUCUUCUUUCAGAUGCUUUGAUUUUCUUCAUGUUGUAAAAUAAACAGAUUUCAUUAAGACCCUACAAGUGUUUCAUGUGUUUUUGUUAUACGGCAGUUUGUGAUGACAGGAGUUGCUCAGGUUCCUCCUCCUCCACGAACCUUCAUGCUAAGAACAUUAAAAAGGAGUCAAACAGGAUGAGAACUUCAGCCAUGAGUCUGUAAAUUAAGCUCAGAUUUUGAGGGAAAUGUAGAAAAAGGUGAGCUCCUGUCGAGGUCAAGAUGCUCCUCAGUAAGGAAACAUUCCCACAGAAAUUCUUUACAUCUGACGAUUUUCUGCUUUUCUUUCAGCUAAACUAAAGAUUAUUUCAAGGAUGAGAACCAAAUUUAGCAGUGUUUCUCUCUAUGAAUUCAUUUGUUUAUGCUUUGAGAAAUAUUCUUCAUCAUGAAUGUUGUCGUCAACAUGUUCAGGUGUUUCCUGCAGUGCUGCUGUUGGACUUCCUGUCAGGUGUAAAUGAGACUCAAAGGUAGAAACUAUAUGUAAAAACCAGAUGAACCAGAGUCCAGCAGGAUUAUACACUGCAGAAAAAGUAAACUAACUAAACACAGAGCAGGAAGAAGAAAGGCAGACAAAAAGAACACCAAAGUUUUCUGCUCAGAUUAUAGUUAAGAAUACUAUUGUUGCUGCUACUGGUUUCAUUGAUGUGGGCCUGCUGUGAAGAAACUACAACUUCCUGCAGAUAGACUACAAAUAGAUAAUUUCACAGAAUAUUACAAUUAAUAAAUGACAGAUUUAGUGAUAUUUUCAUAAACUAUUUAUUUACCAAAACAAUACAAAACAGCAUGAUAGCACAAUAUAUUUUUAACACAGCAACCUUUAAAUAUGAAAGGAGACAGAGAAAGAAAGGUGAGAAAGAAGAAUAAGAAUAACACUUAAUUG